AUGGCACUCAAGCUAGAUGUUAGCAAAGCCUAUUAUAAGCUUGAGUGGGGUUAUCUUCGGGCUAUGAUGGUAAAGAUGGGCUUUGAUGGUCGCUGGAUUGAUUUAGUUAUGCAAUGUGUAAGUUCUGUUUCCUAUACCAUUUCACAUGGCGGGAAGGAGUUGGAGCCCAUUGUUGCUCAAAGAGGGUUGCGCCAAGGGGAUCCUUUAUCACUAUAUCUGUUUAUUCUUUGUGCUGAGGUUUCUCUAGUUUGUUGCGGAGUUAUGAACAAAGUAGCUUACUCACGGGGUGUAAAAUUUCUCAAGGUGCACCGCAAUAAUACUGGAAUUCAGCUGCGGGAUUCCAUUUGUGCUAUGUUGGAAAUUUAUGAGGCCGAUGAAAAUGGCUAUUACCUGGGUCUACCGUGUUCAGUUGGGAGAAAUAAGAAUGUUAUCCUUUGUUUACUUAAGGAUAAGCUUCAGAAGAGAAUUCAAGGGCGUAUCUUAUCUCGUGCGGGAAAGGAGGUAUUAUUGAAAUCUAUUGCUCAAGUCUUGCUGAGUUAUGCUAUGAAUGUUUUCCUCUUUGCCAUCAGACACUUGCAAGGAGUUAGAGAGGUUUAUGGCCAAGUUCCGGUGGAACUCAGAUUUAAGUAG